GAGACUGGGGAUCUCGUGCGGAUUGUAUAUAAGGUAUUCGGUCCUGUUAGAUCUUGUAUCUCUCGUUCAGACCCUUCUUUUGGGCGCUCCUAAAGUUUGCAAAGACUCGAGAAUCUUCAGUAUUUGCUUUUGGCAAUUGUUGCUUUUUCUUGGUGUCCUGGUAUUGAGUACUGUGGCGACUUAGCAGGGGAACUGCUGCUCUAGGUCAAAGGGGGGUUUUUUUUUUCCUCUCCCACUGUAGAGUGGGGCUGUGCAGCAAGAGCUCAUUCCUAUAAAACUGACAUUUCAACGGAAAGUUAAUAUGGCUGUGCUUCUAAACCCUUGAUAUUCAAGUCUCACUUCAAGAUUGGGACUAGAAUACUAUAGUCGAGCUGCUCAGGUAUGGGAUUGAGGUCCGGCACACCGGAACCCCCCCCCCCUCCCGAUCUUAAGCCGCGUUCUAUGGUGGCAGGGAUCAUGUUUUCAAGUUUUUACUGAUAUCUGCGAGCGCAGCCUUAUAUCUUUGCUACAUGUCGAACAGCAUUUCUUCAAGCAAUACCUUACUAGCCACACCUCCUGACCAACUGCAUAUAGAUACCUCCCUAGGUUCCACUGCACCGAGUACCGGCCCGGGCAUUAUCCCUGUUGACCUUGAGAAGGCGCUUCAUUCGCCCCAAGAUACCAUCACGGCGCAACCAGGAUCUCGACGGGAAAUAUUUCACUUCCUUCGACCAACAGUUCCCGGGGCUGUGGCGCUAUUCCGGGGUGACGGAGCCCUGGCCCCGUUUCGACUUCUCAAGUCAGAUUUCGGGGGCAGGGCGAAGAUAUAUCACACGGAUUGGGGCUUCAACCAACUGAUUCUUGCAUCGGCCGUUUAUGUCUUUUUUACAAAUUUAUUGCCCGGCAUCACCUUUGCCAGUGAUCUAUACGUGCUGACGGGGGGGAACUACGGUGCUAUAGAAGUUGUGUUUUCGACCGGACUUUGCGGGAUUAUAUUUGCACUGUGAGUGACAUUGUCGUACUCGUAGACGCGUGACCGGAGUUGAUUCGGACAUUCAGGUUUUCGGGGCAACCCCUCACCAUUUUGGGUGUUACUGGGCCUUUCUGUAUUCUUUCUGAACGUAUUUACACGUUAUGCCAUGAGGAUUUCCAUGUAAGCCACGUGACCUACUGGGUCCGGCGGGUUGAAACCUGUCGUGGGGCUGGUUGCCAUAAGCGUGUUUUACUAAUUGGGAGUGGUACAGAUACCCUAUUUGCCAUUUAUGGCUUGGGCAUGCAUUCACUCUGCUUGGAUGCAUUGGCUGUUGGCAAUAUUCAAUGCACAUGACUGGACAAUGAAAUACGUUACUACGUUUUCCACCGAGAUCUUUUCGUUGCUUAACUCUGUCAUAUAUUUUCACAAGGCGUGAGUAACCCCCACAUCCAAUCCCCAUAUUUCGGCCCCGGACUAACCCCCUCUAGAGUGCAAGAACUCGAGAGAUCACAUGAAAAGACCUCGUUCGCCUCGUUUCUAUACUCCGUCAUCGGAUGUGUUGGAACGUUCUUGGUCGCAGUGACUUUGAGUACAGCGAAUAGCUGGGCUCCACUCUUCCAUAAAUAUGUUAGGAUGGGACUGGCAGAAUAUGCUGCUGCAAUAUCAAUUGUCAUAUUUAUCGCCAUGCCUAAUAUUGGAGAAUUGAAUAACCUUGAUCAGCAGAGGCUGCCUGUGUCCAGUAAGUGGCUCCUCCAAGUUCCUCACAUAUUAUCACUCGCCCUGUACUCACCGACCUGUACAGCAUCCUUCCGUCCCACUCUCCCCGAGAGGACUCAUUUCAUCGUCGAAUUCUGGACCCUACCUGCAAGCUGGAUAUUUGCCGCUAUACUGCCUGGCCUAAUCAUAACCACCCUUUUCUUCUUCGAUGUUGAAGUGUCCACUAUUUGUGCAACACUCUCUCGGUAUAAUAUUAAGAAGCCGGGCGGAUAUGCUUGGGAUGUAGCACUUUUGGGCACAACAACAGCGCUCUGUGGUAUCCUCGGGAUUCCACCAGCCAACGGUCUUCUUCCACAGGCACCUCUCCAUUCCGAAAGCCUGCUUCAUAGCGAAGGAGUGGAAGUGAAUGGCGAGAUCAAAACUAUUCGAACAGUGUAUGAGCAGCGGUGGAGCCAUCUUUUGCACGCAAUCGGGAUCAUGUUAUUUGUGAGCCCGCCGUUCAUGCACGUCCUCGGGCUCACACCUACGAGCGUCCUCGCGGGGCUGUUCUUGUACAUGGGCGAACAAAGUCUCAGUGUUAACCCGAUCUUGUUCCGAUUCUUCCAUAUGUUGACGUGGGUUGUUGGUCUUCCUCAUUGUAGCUAUCAAAGGGCUAACGUAGACCUUUUAGGCCAUCGGGUGAGCUCCCACAGCUGCCGGAUGGGAUGAAAGGGUAUGGGGGGAUACACAUGUACACCCUUCUACAAAUUGUGAUUACAGCAGGAAUCUUCGCCAUCACCUUUACUCCUGGUGCCCCGGUGUUCCCAGUGAUUAUAGUCCUCCUAGUCCCGAUACGACUGAACCUGAUGAAUAGAUGGUGGAAUAGGGAAACCUUGAACCGUAUGUUAUGUCUUCUCCAUGGGGAAUAAGAGUAGUACUAACGUUUUGGUAGACGUUGACAGUUGGGCAUGCAAAGAGGGCGAUUUCGGCACUGAUGAUGACGAAAACGGAUCUCUCGAUGCGAGGCCUGAGUUGUGAAAAUGGGAGUAUGAGAAUGUGACAUAUUUCCUUCUUCAUUCCUUCCGGUUCCUUUGGUGGGCUGUUCAAAGCGGAAAGGGUAAGCUAGAUUUGUUGUACAUGCCGGCCAAUGGCCCUCCGAAGAGGGAGAGGGGAAAAGCUCGAGUUGUAUAUAUUGCAUCAGUUGACCACCUAUCCACCCUCUUUACGUGGGGGGAUUGAGAAAAUGAAUAAAGAAUAGCAAGCGUUCCACAUCAG